CAUUUCCAAAUUUCAAAUCAUAUUUCACAACUGAAUUGAAUCAAAACUAUAGUAUAUAUAUUUAUCUUGCCGAGCAUUCAAGUAUAUUUUUAUAAACCAAAAUGGAUAUAGAGUCAGAGGCGAUUAAGCAGCAAAAUGAAAUGGAUCAAGUAAUGGCCGGGGCUUUGGGCAACAUCAAGGUGUUUUUAGAACCUGGCAUUAAGGAUGCUUUCAUUCAAAUAGAGCCACUAAAGGUGACCAGUUUCCAGUUGCCAGAACCCAGUGAUAAGGAUCCGUUGGCUACCCAGGAUCUAAUGGAAUGUAACGUAGUGGAACCCACAACCGUUGAUCGAUGGAAUAACAAUAAGGUGGUCUGCGUAAAUCACAUCAAGCCGGAGGAUAUGGAAUUGUUGGGGAAAACACAAACUGACGAACUCACUGGGGAACAAUAUAUGCUUUUGCCCAUUGAUAUUGAUAUACUCCUUGAUCCCGACAAUCUACCGACUCCCCUUAUGGUUCAGCAGAAUCUCGAAAAUCUGUGCAUUGGGGAGGACAAGGGGAUCACUAUUCAACUAGAUCCUCCAGAACUGCAGGGCCGGGAAGCAGAUAUUCAGUAUGCCAAGCAUAAAUUCACAAUUCCCAAACUCAAUUUCAACUUUAACAUUAUCCUGGACUCUGAAUCGGACGAAACUAAGGACCUACAACUGGACAAAGCUACCAAUUAAUCGUUGUAAAGCCUAAAGUCUAACAUAUGUAUUUGUUAGACUUUAGUUUGGAUCAACUUCAUGUAUAUCAGUAUCUGGACAAUUAUCAAUAUAAAACUAAAUUACAGCGACCAAUAAAUUCAAAUAUGUUCAAGA